UUACAAAACCAAUCAGAAAUGCAGCUCCACCACUUACUAAGUUCAAUUUUAAUACAGAUAAACAGAAAAUAGGCACAUGGAAACAGGGAGUUGUAACAAAAUUCAGAAGUCUUCUACAAUAUAUACACUUAUACACCAUCUAUACCACUAUUCCCCUAAAUUUUUUAUUUUUCUCGCAUUUGAUUCUUAAAUCCUGUUCACCUGACAAGGAAAUAACUAUCAGUCAAAUAAGAGAGAAAAGAAAAACACAUGUAUAUCUUUUGCGUGCCUUGUUAAGAAAUUUAAAGAUUUUAUUAUUCUCUGCUUAGGGAGUUUUCAAGUUUCUCUUUUCUAAUCUUCUUUUUCUCCUUUGAUUAAUUCUCCAUAUUAAACAAAUGCUUUAAAUGUCAGUAGCUGACUCAUCAACAAGUGGGAAAGUCAGGCCCCUUGUGGUCAGAUUAUAUUAUCCACAAGCUAAAGGAGCAUGUUCUGGCACAGCUAUAAAAUCUUAUAGUAACAGGGAAAAUUUGAUCAUGGAGAAAGAGUGAAAGCAAAAAGCUUCAUUAUUGACUUCUCUUUUUCUUAAGACAGAUUAUAUUUGACUUGUUUAUCUGAGUUCUGUCAUAUCUGGCCUUACAAAAUCAUUAAAAACUACAUUAGAAAACUAGAAAUAAUGAGUGUAGUAAAUAUGGAGUGUAGUCAAUAACAUUGCCUUCAAUGGGUAACUGGUGGGGCCAUGUUCGUGAAUUGACAUACAGGUUCCUUCCUAGCAGUCUGAAAGAUUUGAAAUAGUGAGAAGAAGCAGAUAUCCAUACAAGUUGUGAUACUUAAUAGGUUCAUUUCACUUGUACACUAGCCGCCUAUCUUGAUUACGUUAGUGACCUUUUUUAACUCAUUUUAUUCCCCAGUUGACUAUUUUAUAUUUAUUAUUGCAAUAACUAAAUGCUGCUUGCAUAAUCCUACAAAGUCACUUGAAUCUGUAGUGGCUUAGGAAGAUGCAUUGUGUAGUCACACAAAGAUCUAAUAUGGGGUUUCCUUAUUCUCUUCAUCUUCUCUUCCUUUCAUGGUUUCUUUCUGCUCAUAUGUUCUGUUUCUUAGCUAUAGCACAGAGAUCCACUUACAUUGUCCAUUUGGACAAAUCCUUAAUGCCUAAUGUCUUUGCUGAUCACCAUCAUUGGCAUACUUCCACUAUUGAUUCAAUCAAAGCUUCUGUUCCUUCAUCAGUAGACAGAUUACACUUUGCUCCAAAACUUGUUUACUCUUAUGACAAUGUGUUUCAUGGUUUCAGUGCUGUUUUGUCCAAAGAUGAACUAGAAGCUUUGAAGCAGUUACCUGGUUUCAUUUCGGCUUAUAAAGAUAGAACUGUGGAACCUCAAACUACCCAUACAUCUGAUUUCCUCAAGCUCAAUCCUUCAUCUGGUCUAUGGCCAGCUUCUGGUUUAGGCCAAGAUGUGAUUAUUGGAGUUCUUGACUCUGGCAUCUGGCCCGAAUCUGCAAGUUUCCAAGAUGAUGGUAUGCCUGAAAUCCCCAAAAGGUGGAAGGGAAUUUGCAAGCCAGGCACACAGUUUAACACUUCAACAUGCAACAGAAAACUCAUUGGGGCUAAUUACUUCAAUAAGGGAAUUUUGGCUAAUGAUCCCACAGUGAACAUUUCCAUGAAUUCUGCCAGGGAUACUGGUGGUCAUGGCACACAUGUAGCUUCAAUUGCUGCUGGGAAUUUCGCCAAAGGUGUUUCCCAUUUUGGAUAUGCACCAGGAACAGCAAGAGGUGUUGCUCCACGAGCUAGGCUAGCUGUGUACAAGUUUAGCUUUAAUGAAGGAACCUUUACUUCAGAUUUAAUUGCUGCUAUGGAUCAAGCUGUUGCAGAUGGUGUUGAUAUGAUAUCCAUUUCUUAUGGGUUCCGUUUCAUUCCCUUGUAUGAAGAUUCUAUUUCCAUUGCUUCUUUUGGAGCUAUGAUGAAGGGAAUUCUAGUUUCAGCUUCAGCUGGAAAUCGAGGUCCAGGGAUUGGAAGUUUAAACAACGGAUCUCCAUGGAUCUUGUGCGUGGCAUCAGGCCACACUGACCGGACAUUUGCAGGAACUUUGACUUUGGGCAAUGGCUUAAAAAUUAGGGGAUGGAGCCUAUUUCCUGCAAGAGGCUUAGUGAAGGAUUCAACGGUGAUGUACAACAAGACUCUAUCUGAUUGCAGUUCGGAGGAAUUGCUAUCUCAAAUUGAAGAUCCCGAACGUACCAUCAUCAUCUGUGAUUAUAAUGCAGAUGAAGAUGGUUUUGGUUUCUCUAGUCAAAUGCGUUUUGUCACUCGAGCAAGACUUAAAGCAGGCAUCUUUAUUUCUGAGGAUCCAGGAGUGCUCAGGUCUGCUACAUUUCCCAACCCAGGAGUUGUGAUUAACAAAAAGGAAGGAAAACAAGUCAUCAAUUAUGUAAAAAAUAGUAUUACUCCCACAGCCAGCAUCACGUUCCAAGAGACCUAUCUGGAUGUAAAGCCAGCACCGGUUGUUGCUGCAUCCUCCGCACGAGGCCCCUCCAGAAGCUACUUGGGAAUUUCAAAGCCAGAUAUAUUGGCACCAGGAGUGCUGAUUCUUGCAGCAUAUCCGCCAAAUGUACUUGCUACAACUAUUGGGGCGAACAUAGAAUUGUCCAGUGAUUACAAUCUUGAAUCAGGCACAUCCAUGGCUGCACCACAUGCUGCUGGAAUUGCAGCAAUGCUAAAAGCCGCGCAUCCUGAUUGGAGUCCUUCAGCUAUUCGCUCUGCCAUGAUGACAACAGCUGAUCCUUUGGACAACACUCGCAAACCUAUUAAAGACUCUGAUGAUAACAACGCAGCCACACCCCUAGACAUGGGAGCAGGGCACGUUGAUCCCAACAGAGCUCUUGAUCCCGGCUUAGUAUAUGAUGCUACUCCACAAGAUUAUGUAAAUCUUCUAUGCUCUCUGAAUUUCACAGAAGAGCAAUUCAAGACGAUUGCAAGAUCAUCAGCCAACCACAAUUGCUCAAAUCCAUCAGCUGAUCUCAAUUACCCAUCAUUCAUUGCAUUGUACAGCCUUGAGGGCAACUUCACCUUGUUGGAGCAGAAAUUCAGGAGGACAGUCACAAAUGUUGGUCAAGGUGCAGCUACUUAUAAGGCUAAGUUAAAAGCUCCCAAGAACUCUACAAUUUCAGUGUCACCACAAACUUUGGUGUUCAAGAAAAAAAAUGAGAAGCAAAGUUAUACUUUGACAAUUCGCUAUAUAGGUGAUGAGGGUCAAAGCAGAAACGUUGGAUCGAUCACUUGGGUUGAAGAGAAUGGUAACCAUUCUGUUAGGAGCCCUAUAGUGACAUCUCCCAUUAUUGAGGUCUGGUAAUAAAUUCUGCUACUUUAUAGAAUAUUUUGCUUUGGGAUGCAUAGCACCAGAUUCUUGAAUUGGAAGUACCAAACACAAGAACAAAAGGAAAGCUAGAUGGGAAAUCAUGUAUACUGUAUGAAUUGUCUGUGCCCAUCCCAAAUUAAUAGUAAUAAUUAUAUAUUUGCUAGCAAAUUGCACCAAUUAUCUGAGUAUAGAAAUCUUGCUUGCAACACCUAGUUUGUUGUCAAGAAUUCAUUUA